AAUUAACAUGUUAUGAAAGAGAACUUACUGAAGCAGAGUUGCAUGAAAUUAUGAAUUCUUCGACUGUUGGAGAGGUAAUGGCCUUGGAGAGUAAUGAUAAUAUGGUUAAUUCUAAUAAAUUAUCUUAUGCUGAAAUAGAACAAGAGACUUUAGUAAUUGACGAUAUUGUAGAUUUGACACAAAAUUAUUUAGAAGAAGGUGAAAGAGAAAUGUUAGAUACUAACGAUGACUACAAUUUACAAGCUGAAAAUAUGAGUUAUUCACUAGAGGAUUUGGUGGCUCGAUUUUUAUUACAACUAAAUGAUUAA